CAUCAUUUCUGUUAUGUUUAGCUCAUGGCAAAAAAAUGGGGGAAAGCUCGAAACCAACGUCGCGGGAGUUACUGCUCAAGACGGUAGAGGGGGUAAUUUGUUCACUGGGACUACCGUACCAUUAUUUUUCAACUGGAAAUUUUUCCCAUGGAGUUUCGGCCACGCACCGCCGAUUGAUCAUUCACGAACGCAUCUGUAUUGCCCAUGGUCGUGCAUACCGGUAUGGAUGCUCGGAUGAAGAUGACAACAACAAGCAACAACAAGAGGCAAUCAGUACUACUACCGGUAACAGUACUUGCUAGCUAGCUAGUAGGGUUAGCUACCUAGCUAGUAGUAUCAUAGAAGAAUGUCACGACGGGGAACAAUGAAGCGCUUGAGCUGGAAGCCCACGGGACUGACUGUCACUCGUAGAACCAGUACCAGUGCUACUGUGGCUUUUGCUGCUACAACAGAAGAAGGAGAAGAUGGUCAAGCUGAAGAUGGUCAAGCUGAAGAAGGUCAAGGUCCUGAUGGUCUUGGGUUAAGUAUUCAUACUGGUACCGGUACAACUGCCAAUAGUAGAAGAAAGCGCAAAAGCAGACAUGUGCGGUUUGGAGGAGAAACAGAAGUUCAUGCCAUUGAAAGGAAGAGACCCUCUAUGGUAGCUACCAUGUUCUACAAUGCUAGAGAUAUUCUGCAAUUCAAAGAAGACAAAUUUGAAGAAGAGGCAGCCGAGCAACAAGCUGAAAAACAACGACAACAAGAAAUCAAAAAGAAAGAAAAGGAAGAAAAAAAGAAAUUGAGAAAACAAAAAUUGGCAAACAGAAAAGCCAAGAGAGCUCAAGGCACCACCACAACUACAACCACAACCACAACAACAUCUAGUACUCAACCUGUACCUAAUCAACCAGAACCUGAACCAAAUCAAGCACAACCUGAACCAACCAAGUCAGACCCUACAGGGUUCAGUUUUGAAGCAACAGUAUCAGCAGCAUCAGACCCACAAUCUGAUCAACCACCAUUAGAUCCACAAACACCAUCAGAUGCACAAUCUGCUCAACCCGAUGUUCCUUCAGAACCUGAAGCAUUACCAGAAACAAUACCAGAACCACGGUCUGCCCUGGACAGACAACUUUCAGCUGCCAUGUCUUCCUCUCUCAUUUCAAUGUCAGACGAUGACAGCAGCGUGUUCCUAACAACUACCAAAAACCCACAAAUAUCUGACUUUGUCAAUGACUCUAUCACUCUACAGCUACAAAAGAGAAACUCAAUUGCUACUAGUAGUAUCGACAGUCAAAGACACGAACAACAAAACCUAUCCACGGUAAACAGCGACGAGGCCGACAAGGCUGCCGGAACAAAUACACACGCACUCCAACUCCCAUCAGAGUCAUCAGACGCAGACAAUCACAACCACAAUCACAACGACAAUCACAACGUCAACGAUCAUGGCAUUGAUACAGAACUUGCCACCAGGGAAGAAGAGCCUAUCGACAACUCACUUCCCGUGUUGGCCACUAGGCUCCAAGAUGUGAAGCCUUUGGCCGAGCAAACAGAGAAGAAUACUGACGAGCCCUUGUCUCUCUCCGUGCCCGGGACUCUUGAGGAUGACCCCCCCAAUCUACCGGUACAAGCUGCAAUUGCGCCGCCUCCUACAUGUACAUCCAUCGCAAAACCUAUGCAGUCACCAUCGAAAAAGCCACCGAUUUCAAACACCUAUCCAAUCAGCGCCGUUGAUUCCUCACCACAAGCCAUUGUCCUAUCAAUACCCACCACGCCACUUCCGCACACACUUGAUUCCCAUCCUGACCAAGAAUCGAAUUCUCCUUCACAAUCCCCAUCUUCCCUAUUGCCUCCGACUCCAACAAACGCACACGAUUCUCCAACUAGUCAAGAUGCUCCUCCUGCAGCUUCUACAGCUUCUGCCCCCCCUCAUCCGUAUCCUAGUCUCCAGCCUCCACGUGAGCGACAGCUUCCGAGACCGCCGUCGCCUCCACCAUCGCCGCCUCAGUCACCACGAUUGUCUCAAACACCAAACGAAGGGCAAGGCUUCAAACAAAUGUCAUCGUUUUCGUCGUCGUCAACGUCAAUGUGGUCGUUCAAAUCGUGGACGUCACAAACAAACAAAGGACAGCAGGACAGCCACCGAGGUGUUGCACAAACGAAUAGAUGGGGAGAAGAAACGUCAGACAGCAUUCCAGGGCCGCCGCAUCCACCUCUGCGAAAGACAUCCUCAGGAUCAUUGAUUACCAGAUUGCUCAAGCAUCUGACAGGUAAAAGGGGAAGCAAGAAAAAGCACAAGGACACAAACAAUACACAUCAUCGCGAUGCCAAACAAGACGGCACGGGUGACUAUGACUGGGCUCAUCAUCAGCACAUUCGCUAUGGCCAACAACAUGAGGGAAGUGGGCACGAAUCAUCUGGAAGAUAUAGCAGCGUCAGUAGUAGCCAAAGUUCAAGCGUAAGCAGUGGCCCCCUUCAAGCAUAUGACUGGGCACAUCAUGAACUCCAGAGGAAACGGCCAUCUGCCCUGCCUUGUGUACCAGAGCUGUCUGCCGAAGAACACUCCAAUUGUUCCGAUGAAGCAGAGCAAAAGGAAGAAGAAGGCGGGUUCCUUGCGGCUGAUCUUCCAAUGUGCAGUGAUGACGAAGACAAUUUGUAUGCCUUCUUAGCGGAUGAAGCUGACCCUACCGGUACCACCGGUACCCCACCUCGAAGGUCGUCCUCCUUGGUGCGUGUAAUGAAAAAGUUCAUAUCGUUGGGAGAGUCGGACAGUCAUAGAAAGAAGAAACGAAAGCAGGGACAGGGGCGGAACGAUGGCAGCGAUGGUGGUCGUGGGGGUGGUCCCAACUAUUCUUGGGAGCACCACCAAGAUAUCAAGAAAGCACCAAAACGGAAAACGAGCUCCUUUCUUCGCAACCUCUUGGAAUCCAAAUCCAAACAAAGAGAGAAGCAAGGAACAAGGAAAGAGGAAAAUCGACCAGCACCCACGGCAUCGGCAUUAAACCGACAUCGCAAAUUCAUGGAAGGUCAACAAAGGGAGCAGAAAAGCACGAAGACGAAGACAGGCAUCCAUACGAGUGAACUGAGCGUCACUCCAUAAGUGACAGACCUAGUGAUACUGGUAAUGUAGGCAGUGUUUUGGCUGCACCUCUUUUUUCAAAUAUUUGCAAGUAUUUGUACCUGGUAGUGGAGUCCUAGAUGCAUGGC